CAAAGGUCUUUGACCCCAAAGAAUUAGUAAACUAAUACAAGCCAAUCAAAAAUGAUGUCGCUCUUAAAUCAGUCCAAUCCCUAUUCACUACUCAUUUAAAUGAUAUAACAUUAUUACUAGCCCCAAAGUGCAAAUCCAAAACAUCCCCCCUGGCACCAGCCAAGCCAUCGAACGCAUCCAUUUUGAAAGAUGGAUGUGGCUCGCACCGCCCCUCCCUACAGUCACUUCGCCUCAGGAAAGGUUCUUCCACAGCUGACUGUUAGGUAGGAGCCUUGUUUUCAGAAUGAGUUGCCUCAAAGAGCAAAACCAAAGAAGUUUGGACAAUGGAUCCGAAACCUCCGCUGUCUAUUCCUCUGAGAACUAUGUUCGCCACCUAAGAACAUUGGACGUCAACAUUGAUUCAGGCGAUCACACUGACUUCAGUGUGCCAGGAGUGAUGCCCCAUGGUUCAGGUGGAGAGUGGUCAGGGUACAGCAGAGAAGCUGGGUCCAGCAGGAUGGACCACCACUGUACCAACUACAGAUUCUACCCACCUCCACAUGAUGCUGAGCCCUCACUCCCUCAAUACCAAUUUGCUACUCAUGGAGAUUUUGUGCUCCCCCAGUCUAGCCCGUUCCAUUUAAUGAACCCCAGUUUAGCUAAUAACAGUCAUCUCAGUUCACUUGGUGGCCAGUGGUCAUCUGAGGGCCCAGUCCACAGCAAUAUGUUGUCAGGUGAAAUUUAUGAUGCUGUGGCGAGCAUUUGCCCAGACAGCAAGGAUGACCACGGACCAGAGUCCUAUCGCAAACAGGAGACUAUGGCCGAGCUAAUGCCUCAGAAUCAAAUGGACAUCAGUCAGUCUGCCAACGGGCCGCUCACUGUGUAUCUACAGCACCUAGACCACCAGCUUGGGGAGAACGCCACUGCACUACAGUACACAUUCAAUUCCACAAUGAAGGCCUACUCUACAGAUGGACACGGUUCUGUUGUGUGCAACAUGAGUGGCCGAGGGCAGAUGGUGGUAAUGAACCAUUGUAGCCCAGGUCAGAUGCUCCACUCCCUGCCUCCUGGCCACCCUGCCUCCAGUCCAGAGACCCACUACUACACCACAUCCUCUAAGGAAAACUCAGAGCAGAGCUACUCAAUGGGAAAAGCUUCUCAGUCCUACCUGCCCUCUAUUAGCCUGCCUCCCAUUGGGCCCAACCACAGCCUCCUUUCCCCCAACCAUCUGGUCUUCUCUGGUCCUCCUAGCUCUGGAUACAGCUACAACCACAUGCCUGCACCCUACUUUUCACAGUACCACCAGUAUCCUGAGUAUCCUGACUCCCUAUGUCUGGUCCCUGAUGGUCAGUCCACGGCAAGCAGUGUCUUACGUCUCAGUGGAUCUCUAUGGGACUCCAAAUCCAAGAAGCCCUGCAACUGCACUAAAUCUCAGUGUCUCAAACUUUACUGUGACUGCUUCGCUAACGGCGACGUCUGCAGCAACUGCAACUGCAUCAACUGCUGCAACAACAAUGAGCACGAGUCAGAGAGAUACAAGGCCAUCAAGAUUUGUCUGGACAGAAAUCCAGAGGCGUUCAGACCAAAGAUUGGAAACGGGAAACUGGGAGAGAUCAAAGGACGCCACAACAAGGGCUGCAACUGCAAACGCUCAGGCUGUCUGAAGAACUACUGCGAGUGCUAUGAGGCCAAGAUAAUGUGCUCAUCCACCUGUAAGUGUGUGGGCUGCAGAAACUAUGAGGACAGUCCAGAGAGGAAGACCAUGGUGUGGGACAGCCCUGACACCACCUUCUACAAGAAGGCCAAAUGUGACAAGGACAAGUGUCCUCUGUCGUGCAUCACGCUCGACGUCGUGGAAGCCACAUGCGGCUGUCUUCUGGCGCAAGCAGAGGAGGCUGAGAAGGAAGGCUACACGCUGUGUCAAGCUGAGAAAAUGAUUUUGGAGGAGUUCGGCCAGUGUUUGACGCAGAUUGUUCGGUCAAUAUUUAAAUCUACUAGCUCGUAGACAGAAUCUCAUGUAGGACAAGUUGAUUAACAUUUUGGAUAUGGUCUGGUCUAGACAUGAUGACAUUUAAACUGCCAUUUUUUAUCAACAUGUUUAUUAACAAGAUGUUGUGAAUUGUGUAUGCGUAUGUAUUUAUUUGUUACAUAAUUGAUUUAUGCAUGUAUUUAUGCGUUAAUUUAUUUAACUUAUUCACUCACUUUAGUUUAAGUCUCAGAAUGGAGGAAAGUUCCAUCAGCUUUGGGUCAUAUGUCAUUGGUUUGAAAUAUGAAUAAAAGAAAUAGUUAUUGUGAACAAUUCUUUCCAUUUCUUUCAUCCUUUCUUUUUAAGCUGCAGAAAGAACGUUUAAUUUGAUGCAAAUGUCCCUGUUGAGUCUCUGUUAAAAUACAACAUCCAAAUGUACUGAUGAGCAUUCUGUGAAAAUAAUAAAAUAUUAAAUUCC